GGAGGCAUUGGUUGGAUGUUGUACCAUAUGAAUGGGUUUCGGCUCCAAAAACUAUAAGUUUACUAUAAGUCCUCAAUCUGUGGCUUUAAUUAAUGUGAUUUACGGCGUGUGUCCUGAUAGAGAUGGGGGGCAGCAGCAGCUCCGGACACGUCACAUUGGAGCCUGAGGACGCAGAAGGGGUCGUGUUUGUGAAGGGCAUUCGGCUGACUGGUAGAGUGAUUGAUCGCAUGAAGGAGCCUGAACCAUUUCAGUGUUCUAUGUCCAAAAGCUCAAAAUGUCCUCCAGCAGAUCAGCUUUUAACCCCUCAGAGUGAGACACUUCCCCCUACUGAGCUUUUGGCACCAAAACUGCCCCAACCACCUUCUUAUGCAAGUGCACUGGUACCACCACCUCUGCAGGAGUCUGUCAGUCCCCUAGUGUUAGUGAGUCAGGAGACUCCAACACCACCUACAUCCACAACUGCUGUUGAAGCAGUUCCCUCUGUCACUCAUACUACACCUGAGUCUGUGCCUGCUCCUGUGCCUUCAGUUCAAGAACAUGUAGUUAUAUCCAUGUCCACUGAAUCUGUACCUCCAGCUCCAUCUGCUGAACCCUUACCAGUAAUCACAUCUCCAUUAACUCUCACUGAACCUGUGGCAAUGUCCCUACCUUCUGAACCUGUUCCUGCAGUAUUGUUACCUUCUGCUGAAACUGUGGACAUUUAUCCACCUCCGCCUCCAAUUACUGAUACUAUGCAUUCUCCUUCACCUAUUGAACCAAUACCCAUUCCUGUGGAAGACCCAACAAUCCCAUUAACUAAUGAUGUACUCACAGCUCCACCUGUUGAAGUCAUACACAUCCCUCCAAUCCCUCUGACCCUAGAUUCAACUACUCCAGAUGAACAAGUAGAGCUGCCUACAACACCUAGCUCUGAGCCAGUAGCUAAGAAUGAAUUGCCACUUUUUCCUGUUACACCACUCACAUCUCCUACUGAAUCAGUGGAAAUUUCAACAAACAUUCCACCUGCACCUGUAAAGCCCAGUGAUUUGUCCAGCAACCUGGAGAAUCUGCUUCCUCCUCCACCCUCUCCUGCUCUAGCUGUGAAGAGUGAAGUUCCCUCAGUGGGGCAGCUUGAAUGCCCUCCUAAUAAAAAUACCCCAGUUCCAACACUUGUUUUUGAGCCAGCCAUUCCACCAGUGCUGCCUUCUCUAACUGAAACAAUUAGUUCUCAACAGGCUGGGGUCAGUGAGAAAGACCUGAGGAAGCAUAUCAGAGAUGAACUGCAGAAACACCUGCAAGAAGAGAUAAAGAUGGCAAAGCUAAAGAUCCAUAAGCAGUUGGAGAAUGAGAAAGCUAAGGCUGAGGCAGAAGCUCAGGCCAAAGCUCAGCAGCAGAUCCAGGAAGAGGUUCAGAAGAUCCUGGAGAAGGAACAGCUAGCCCUUCAGCAGACUCUAAAAGAUGCAAUUAUUCAGGAGCACAAGAACAUUCAAUAUGCGCAGCUUGCAAGCCAGUAUUAUUGGAUGGAAAGGAAGAUCAAGAAGCUGGAAAAGAAGGAGAUAGACCUGGCAAAACGGGACUUGAUGUACAAAGAACAGAUUGCCCAGCUUGAGGAGAAGACAGCAAAGUUCACCAGAGUCACAGCAAUCAGCUUUAAAAAGGGUCUGGAGGAAACUCAGAAACGUUUCAAGAGGUGCCAGAUGAAGCCAGUUUGCUCAGAGCUACAGAGCAAGAUUUUGAAAUGUUAUUUGCAAAAUACUGGCCAGACUCUGACAUGCUCCAAUAUUGCCUCGCUGUAUGUGAAGUGUGUAAACAAUGUUAAACAGAAUAAGAAGGUGAGCACGGGGGGUUAAACCUAUUUCCAGGAUGAACAUUACUCUUAUGGUAGAAGAAACAACCUGGCAGAGAAGGUUGCAAGCAAGCAAGUUAAUGCAGCUGUGCACCUUGCCUUCAUUCUAACUGUGUUAUUACUAUAAUUAGAAUGCAAAGUAUGGAGUUCAUAAACAUGCUUCUAGCAUGAUUUAGUGUUGUUCACGUAAUGUAUUCUAACCCACCAUCAGUGGGUGUUUGACAAAAUAAACACAUGUACAGUUCACGGCAAGGAGAAGUCACUGUGCUUUGAUUCUACUUUUUGCUCAUCUGAAAAAAGUGGACUGAAGCCCAUUUUGUUAUUUCUAUAAAUCUCUAAGAUAUUGCCUGUGAAGGAAGAACAUGAAAUACCCCCAUUA